CCCCAAACCUUUAUUUCUUUACAAUCAGGCAGUUAUUGUAAUCUGAAAACCAAAAUGGAGCAAACCCACCAUGGAAUUGGCAUCAAAGUUUACACUACUGCAACACCACCCCCAGAGGAGGACCCUACACCACUCUCUUCCCUCCCUCGACUGCCACCAGAACCCAGCCGCAAACGGAAAGUGGUAGCCAAAGGAGUUCAAAAAACCAUUUCCAAAACUUCCAUGCUUGUCAACUUCCUACCAACAGGCACCCUUUUAACUUUCGAAAUGGUUCUUCCUUCUGUUUAUCGCCAUGGUGACUGUUCCCAUGUUACCACCAUCAUGAUAUACUCCCUCUUAUGCCUUUGCGCACUCUCUUGCUUCUUCUUCCAUUUCACCGAUAGUUUCCGAGGCCCCGACGGGAAUGUUUACUACGGUUUCGUCACCCCCAAUGGACUGGCUCUUUUCAAACCUGGUCUUGAAGUCGAAUCCCCGAAAGAUGACAAGUACAAGGUUGGACUUACUGAUUUCGUUCAUGCUGUGAUGUCGGUGUUGGUGUUUGUGGCCAUCGCUUUCUCGGAUCAUAGAGUUACCAACUGUGUUUUCCCAGGACAUGAGAAGGAAAUGGACCAAGUUAUGGAGGGUUUUCCGCUGAUGGUGGGGAUUAUUUGCAGUGGUUUGUUUCUUGUGUUUCCAAAGACUAGAUUCGGCGUCGGUUGCAUGGCUGCUUGAAAUUAGCCUCAUGGUUAUCCAUUUAGCGUCUUAGUAUAGAAAAAUACUAAAUUUGAUAUGAAAUUUUAGGAAUAAAUUUCUUCAACAAUUCAUGGCUUCUGCCUGCAGAAGAGUGUACCAUUGUUGCUUAAUAUCUAUAUUUCUUUCUUUUGUGGUUUCAUAGAA